UGCCUGAGCCGAACUGCGUGCUCGUUCACGUCGUUACGUAUCCGUAACGUACGUUCAAGUGGACGUCUGGUCUACGUCAUUUGCGCGCCGCCUCGUUCCUGAUGCACCUCUUCUCCCGAAAUACUAAAGAUAGAUGUUUCGAUUUCAGUCCCUGGAUGAAGACUGUACGUUGGAGGAGGAAGACGAGGGACUGAUAGAAGAGGAAGAUGAAAUUGAUCAGUUUAAUGAUGACACAUUUGGAGCUGGGGCCAUUGAUGACGACUGGCAGGAGGAACACAAACGCCUCGCUGAGCUCGAUGAGAGGGAUGGGCUAGGAGCAGGGCUGGGGUUGGGAGGAGGGGGAAUGGGAGCAGAAUCGGAUAUAGGAGGAGCUGAAGACUCAUCCUCCACCCAGCUCCCUUCCUCUACGAUCCAUCUCCCCCUUCCUCCUUCCCUCUCUUCACUGAAAUUCUCCUCGUCUUCCUCUGGAGUGCCUCCGCCAGAUGUGGAGGAGCGAGGAGGGGGUGGUGACUUGGCUGAGUCCCUGGCCAGACUCAUCCUGGAGACUGACCCGGCGAUUGCUGGGGUUGGAGCAGCUGAGAGGCCCGGUCCGUCCCCCAGCUCUUCAGGAUCCAGCCUUUCAGCUCUGCAGGGGCUGAACCGCCACAGAGUCCUGCCCCAGCCCUCCCCCAUUCCACAUCCCAGUCAAGCACACCAGCACCCCCAUCACCCCCAGCACCAGCUGCCUCCUGGGCCGUCCACCUCAGGCCUUUCCUCUGGUCCUCCUCCUUCGUCCAUGCUCAGCUACCAACAGCAGCAGCACAUGCUGCGCAGAGGGACUGCUCCUGUGGGCCAAAUGAACUCUCACAAUAUCUGGGAGAACAGUAUGACUUUUGGUCCAGUCAGUGUCACCCCUGGACUGGUUACACACAUGGAGGAUAGUCCACUAAUGUCUAUAAUCAAGGAGGUUGGCCUUCCUAAACGAACUCCUCAGGGUAAGACUGAUGAGGGACAAGAUUUGUCAGAGAGGGUCCCACCUCCACGCUCUUCUUCCCCUGUGAUUGGCUCCCCUCCAGUGAGGGCAGUGCCUAUUGGUACCCCACCCAAACAGCCAAUGAGCCACGCCCUGAAUCAUCAGAUCCAUCACCCCAUGGCGGUUCAUGUGAGAGCCCCAGUCCAGCACAGAUACCCUCCUCCUUUCCCUGAGCGUCUGUCACCAAACACCCUUCUCAAUAUAGCUAACUCCCCGCUGUGCCGUGGUCCGUUCCCUCCUGGAGUUGGACCGGUCCUGUCUCAGAUUCAACGGGCCCAGCUGCUUAACUCUCAGGUGGCUGGUUUUCCUCGUGGUGGUCCAGCGCCUCCUUUGUUACCAGGCGGUGGUGGUUUCAGGCCGUUCUUUGGGGGCCCUCCUCCUCCACACGGCCACCGAAUGGGCCCUCCUCCCCCUCAUGGCCCCGCCAACCACACGCCAACCAUCCGACACAACACCACCCACCUCCACCCACAGCACCGCCGCAUGCUCACGCAGCGCAUGCAGAACCGAGGAGGUGACCGUGGCAGGACUGGAGGGGACCGGCGCAGCAGGGACCCCUACAGUAACCUGAUGACUCAGAAGGAGAAGGAGUGGGUAACCAAAAUCCAGAUGAUGCAGUUGCAGAGUACUGACCCGUACCUGGAUGACUACUACUAUCAGAACUACUAUGAAAAGAUGGAGAAACGUCAGGAAAGAGAGAGAGACAGCAGCAAGAAGGAGCACACCACCAAACUGAUCACUCCGCAGGUCGCCAAGGUUGAGCACUCCUACAGACCAGUUCAGUUUGCAGGAUCUCUAGGGAAGCUGACGGUGUCCAGCGUCAACAACCCCCGCAAGAUGAUCGAUGCUGUGGUGACAACUCGCACAGAUGAUGAGGAGAAAAGAGAGAAGCAGGUUUGGAAUAGGAGGCGACAGAUCCUUUACACCGUGGAGAAGAUGUACAGUUUGCUGCUGGAAGUCCAAGACUUUGAGAAACGUUUUGUCCAGACACCAGAAGAGGACAGGGAGGCUCUGCUGGAGCAGCAUAAAACCAAUACUGUGCAGCUGUGCAACUCUCUGCGGGAGAAGGAGUGGGAUGACAGAGUGAAUGAUGAGCAGUGUGUGAUGAUCAUGUCGGUGAGGAAGGGCAAGCGGCUCAUCUCCAGGCUUCUUCCAUUCCUGCCAUCACCCCAGGCCACCGCCGUUGUCAUGGCGAUUGCCCGCAACCUUCCGGCCUUGGCCAAGAAGGACAAGCAAGACCAGGUGCUGUGCUGGUUAGUGGAGCCGGUUUCGGUUGUGAUCCAGUCAUUGUCAAGCUCCGCCCUCACAGAUUUGUUGCAGGAGCUUCAGGGCAACGAGGGUCAACUGGCCACAGUACUGCACAACAAGUUUGGCGUGACACUGCUGUAUCUGAUCCUGAGCGAAGGAGAGAGGAUGCAAAGCUCCGACCCCAACUGUCAACUCAUGGACGACAAUCGAUGGACCGAGUUGGUGUUUUCCGUGACGAGGGAGCUGCUCAGCGUCCCCUCCGCGUCCCUCUCUGCUCCCCUCUUUACCCCUCCCAACCUGCUCUCCCUCCUGUCACGCUACGUCGAUCGGCAGAGGCUGGAGCUGUUGCAGGACAAGCUACAGAUCUCUGCUUUGUCCAGGUAGAAGUUACAACAAACAUCAACCCAACCCUCUCCCCACCUGAUGCAGACUUUUCUUUUUGUGUGUGUCAGAAGAGAGAGAGAGUGUGUGUGUGUGUGUGUUUGUGUUUGUGUGUGAGCUCUUGAGGUGAAUCCAUGGUGGAUAAUUUUAAUCCAGCAGAAUCUCUAGUUGCUUUUGUUUUUUUCUUUGUGUUUAGUCUCUGGUGUGUGUGUGUGUGCGUGUGUGUGUGUAUGUGUGAGAGAGAGAGACAGUGACACAGAGCGCAUGAAACACAGUCUGAAUGAUAAAAAUGAAAUCUGCAUUUUUAAACAUCUUGUUUACGAUUAUGCCUGUGAUGAACCUUCAAAUUAAAAAGUAUUUCUAUUAUAUAAAAA